CACUGUGUGUCGCGACUCAUUCGUCUCUCUCUAGUCUCCACCUAUCACGAGCUACAAUCUCUAGCCCACCCCUUCCUCUGGCUCUCUCCCUCUCGUCUUCUCAAUUCAGAGGCGGAGAUGGCAUCUGGGGCGGCGGAGAAGGGGAAGGCCCUGGCGGAUGGGUCGGAGUCGGCGGCGGAGAGCGCGGCGCGGCGGUCGCGGGAGUGGACCACGUGGGCGAUGAAGAAGGCCAAGGUGGUGGCCCACUACGGCUUCAUCCCCUUCGUCAUCCUCGUCGGCAUGAACUCCGAGCCCAAGCCCCGCCUCGCCCAGCUCCUCUCCCCCAUCUAGGCCUCCUCGGUCGCCCCGAUCCGCGCCGCAGGACGCGCGCGCGUUCGAUUCCUGUAAUUCAGAACCGCAUUUCCUGCUACAUGCGUAUUUUUUAUCUUAAUUCAGUUGUACCACUGAGUUUGUGAUAAAGGAGUUUCGAGUCCAAAUCCUGGAAAUUGCUUGGACAAUCUCAAUUCUCCCAUGGUCAAUUCGUGACUAUAUUGAUCCAUUGGAGCUUCAGAUAUCUCUACACUAUAUUUGUGAGAAUGUUGAUGGUUGAACUUAAACGCACACGAAAUGCCAGUGCCCAGGCAUUCGUAUUUGCGAGAAUCAGAAUUUUUUUUCUCACC